AGCUAAGCAGGACCUACGGCUCAUGUGUUGGAUGGAUUCACUCCAGUUGCUCUCUCGGGCUGCCACAGCAGAUUUGCCUCUGUGCAACAGGGAGCUGGAGCUGAACCUCCCCUGUGUAUGAAAACACACUCUGCAAACAUGGCUGGUAAAAUUCAGAGCCUCAAUGAGGAGGAAAGGGCCCAUCUACUCCCCCUGCUACGCAACGCUCAGUGGGUGGAGGUUGUUGGACGGGACGCCAUUUACAAAGAGUUUAUUUUUAAAGACUUCAAUCAGGCCUUUGGUUUCAUGUCCAGGGUGGCUUUACAAGCAGAGAAGAUGGACCAUCACCCUGAGUGGUUCAAUGUCUAUAAUAAGGUCCAGAUCACUCUCAGCACACAUGACUGUGGGGGGUUGUCCCAGCGUGACAUCACUUUGGCCACGUUCAUUGACCAGGCGUCGCUGAUGUGAGCAACACACAUUAUCAGCCAUUUCAACAGUGAAAACUGAAGUGUGCAAUGUCGCAGCUCUUCAUUUAUUCAUUCCACUGAGAAAUCUGAAUGUGUGACCUGCAAAUCCAAAGAAAAUGAACCAAUUAUACUCAAUAUAGUGUGACUAAUGUGAUGACUAGAAAGGGUCCAAUGUGUUUAUAAAAAUAUGUUGGUGUUGGUUUUGUACUUGGUGAAUAAAUAAGAUUGGUCAAAGGUAAGAUAUGUUUACACAGUCACUAAUGUCCCAGAAACUAUUCAAGUUAUCAUAGUUAAAAUUCACAACUGUGUACCCGUGUCUUCUCCUGUCUUAUGUGCCAGAUGUUUCUGUGCUUUACUGUUCCUAAAGUAAAUGUUAUUUUCUCAGUCAAACUGUUCCUGUCGUAACUAAAUAAUGACCAGAAAAAGAUUCUUCACAUCAGACUGAAUGCAUUUUAUUGAAAAUACAACACUAAAGACAUCUGCUGUGAGCAGCUAACAGUGCAGCUGUGUUGAGUGGAUUAACAGUGUUUGCGAUGGAUCAUUUACAAAUUGAAAAUAAAUUUGCUAAACAUGAAUGCACUCUGACAUGAACAGAGAUUUAACACAAACCUUGUACAUUCAGAACUUCACAUGAUGACGGUGUACAGUGGAGGACAAAAGUCAAAAAGACCUGACAAUAUAAUGCAAUUCAGUGCUACAAGUAAACAUAUUAAGACUAUGUAUUUAAUUGCAUCAUAUUUUAAAGGUCUUUGUCCACCCUGUGUAUGUGUGAAAGGACCUUAGUGAUCUUGUUAUGAACCCAGUUCCCUGAGGAUGAGAGAAAAUCUGCUAUGACAUGAGUUCAACCCUCUGAAGGCACAGAGGUGAACGCUCAUUAUUGCUACAUAAUUGUCAUCAAACUGCAACAACACAAACCAAGACAAUUUAGAUUUUCUCUACAGACCUCUAAAGAAUCUGUUACAGUGUGUAGUCACUUUCAGUUCACGCUUAAGGAGGAAUUUGCAUUAAAGGUUUUUAUUAAAGAGAUUUAUCGGCCAUUCAACCGUCACAAUUUCUGCAGAUAUUUCUCCAAAGCAAACGGGAUGAGUCAUUGUUGGAAAAGUUUCGACGCCCUGUCACUGGGCAAAAUAUUUAAGAAUAGAUGGAUAUAUGAUGAUACAUGUAGUAUGAGCUUCAAUCAGUUAGUGGGGGAGUUUUGUCCUCUGUCUUUUAACCAGGCACUGACUGAAAGACGAGGGGGGGGGGGGGGGGGGGGUCCC